CGGGUAGGCGCCCGGGCCGCGUCUCGGGGGCGAGGCUGGUGCUUGUUGCGGGGCUUGGCAGGUUUGUGAGCGGCGGAUUGGAAGAGGUAAACCAACUCUCAUACUUGUUCAACACCCAACUAGUUUCCUGAUUUUCCCUGCACCCCAACCGUCUGAGCCAGCCUGGUGAAAAUGAUGUUCCCUGCUCCCAGUUAUUGUAAAGAAAAUGUUCUACUGUUUGCUUUGGAUAUUUACUGUGCUUUGCAGAAUCUAUAAAGCAGAUAGAAAUUCUAUGAGAAAUGCUUGCAUUUCUCCUGAGUCUCCUGAAAUUGAAAGAGGUUCAACCUUAAAACUUCUUUGCAUUCUUGGAAACUACGACAUGCCUUACAGAAAUGCAAGUCAUAUUAUCUGGAAGUUGAAUCAGAAUUUGAUUGCACAAGAAAACUACAACAUUAUCAAUGAAACUGUUGCUGGUGUAACCAUCCAUAAUUUCACCCAUGAAAGUGCAUGUGUGAAAUGCUUCAUUAAAUAUCCAGAUAAAGAACAAUUGCUGGUUCACACUGAAGUUAAAUCUGGCUUUCCACCAAGCACACCAGGGAAUAUUUCCUGCAUUUACCAUUACAAUGUUAAAUUUACUUGCAGUUGGAUUCCAGGAAACGAAACCUAUCUUACAACAAAAUAUACUCUUAUUAGAAAGCUACCCAUUUUUAUGGCGACAUCUUGUGAUGAUAAUUGCCCAAGAACAAAUCAGAGUAUAUGCUAUUUUUUUUAUCCGUUCCUUGAUCCAGACUAUAUUAAUGUGAGAGAGGAAGAUGCUUUAGUUGAAGACAAAUUGGAUUUUCAUUCUAUGCAAGAUAUAAAAUCAGUCUCCGCAGACAAGAUAAAAAAUAUUACCUGCGUUUAUUUUUAUGAUGGCUGUUGUGUUCGCAGAUGGACUGCAAGAAAAGUUACCUAUCUUAAUAACACAAAAUACGCUCAGGUUAAUAUUCAGGAUCAAAAUUUGAUGGAUGCAUUUCAAGAAGAUACCUGUCAAAGCAACAACGGAUCAUGUUCGUUUUUCCCCCCAUAUAUUCCAUUUGCUGAAGACUAUUGUUGUCAGGUGAAAGCUGAAAAUGUCUUGGGUGUAGGCAUAUCUGAUUGCGUUCCUAUAAAUAUGAAUAAAAUAGUGAAAACUAAGCCUCCUAAGAUAGUUUCAGUAGAAAAAAUUCCUGGUGUAAAGCAAUUGCUUAACGUAACCUGGGACAAACCUGAUCCAACAAUACUAGAUUUAAAUUGUCGUCUUCGAUACAGAAACACAAAUUCAAAUACUUCGGUAACAGUUAAUUUCACUAUGAAUCAAAAUGAAAGAAGAUCAUCAUUUAAUCUCACGGAUCUAUGGGAUUUUACAGAGUAUGCUAUUGCCAUUCAAUGCGUUGGUGUUGAAUCAGAAAUCUGGAGUGAAUGGAGUGAAGAGAAAAUAGGAAGAACAGAACAACAAGCUCCUUCAAGAAAAGUGGAUUUGUGGAGAGUAAUUGAAUCUUCACCGUCAGCUGAAAAUAGAUAUGUACAUCUUAUGUGGAAGGUGUUAAAAGAAUAUCCAUCUUCGGAGUGUCUACUUGGCUACAAAAUACAGUACUGUCCAGAAAAUAAUGCUUCUUUUAAAAUGACACACAACACUACUGACAAGGUGGCCAAACUCCUUUUAAUGGGGGAAGCCUAUGUGAUAUCUGUUGUUGCAUAUAACUCUGUUGGAGAGUCUCCUGAGGCUACUCUAAGAAUUCCAUCUAUUGGUGAAAAAACUCCCAAAUGGAUUGAUACAGUGAGGACACUUAAUUUAAAUGAACAAAUGGUUGUGGAAUGGGAAGCAUCAGUUUCAGAAAUAAACCGAUAUGUCAUUGAAUGGUAUGAGGAGUUGGAGACUGACCUCUUGGGUAGAUCAUGGCAAUAUAUAUUAAAUACUACCAAGUGGACAGCUCAGAAAGAUGCCUUUAAACCCUUCAAAUGCUAUAAUAUCUCAGUGUAUCCUCUCUAUGGAAAUAAAAUAGGAACUCCACAUUCCAUACAAGCUUAUGUUCAAGAAGGACGUCCAUCAGUUGGUCCUGUGGCUAAAACAAACAAUCUGGGAAAAAAUGAGGCUAUGAUAAAAUGGAAGAAGAUUCCAAAAGAUAAAAGAAAUGGCUUUAUCAUUAACUAUACAAUAUUUUAUAAACCUGAAGGUGGAAAAGAAUUAAAUGAAACUGUGAACUCUGAUGUUCUGCAAUACAGACUGAAGUCUCUGCAAGCAAACACCCAGUAUACUGCUCAUGUCAUGGCAGCCACCAAAGCUGGCGGAACCCAUGGAAACCGAAUAACUUUCAGCACUUUGAAAUUCAGUAAAGAAGACUUUAUUUUUAUAACAAUAUCGUUUGGAUUCUGUAUGCUCUUAUUAUUAAUCCUUGGGAUAACCUGUACUCUAAAAAAACACACAUUGAAAAAGGUUUGCUGGCCUGAUAUACCAAAUCCUGCAGAGAGCAUUGCUGUGGAUUGGCCUACUGACAUGCUUAAGAAUAAUUCGCCUCUGAAGGAAGUACAAUCUGAGGAUGGGACAGUAGAUCCUGAAGGCAUCUAUGUUUUGGAAUCAUGCUUUCCUGCUGAAGACCAUACUGCAUUAUUAGUAGAGCGUCAUGAGAACUAUGAUUCUAAACAUACAAAUGUUUGUAAAAAGGACAUGGGUAAUGGACAUAAAAAGAUUUUGUAUGGUGAAGAAUAUGAAGUUGUAAAACCACUAUCACCAUCAAUUCCAUAUAUAGUUACAGAACAAGACUUCAGGAGUCAAAUGCUGCUUUCAGCUUUGAUGCCUGCCAGGAGAAUCCAACAUCAGCAUCUAGAAAUAUCAAAAAAAGGCUUAUGUGAGUCCCUGCAUUCUUCAUUCGAGAACUGCAAAGAGAAUGAAAAGGAGGAAGUUCUAGAACAUACAGAUUUUGAAGAAGAAAUUAAAAUCAAUCCAUAUCUGAAGAAUUCUUUAAUACAAGGGAAUUUCUGAUUUCUGAGAAUUUGCCAGAAUACAAUAAGGAAGCCAAAAACCAAUUGCUUGUCUUAGCCCCUUUCCAGUGAAACACUAUAGUGCAACCAUAUGUGACACUGGACAUGUUUGGACUGACCACAGCUGAUCAGUGCAUACCUGCAAAGUCAUUUUGAGGUAUUGUACUGUUCCGCUGGUCUUUCUCUUGGAGGGAGUGUUGCCUUCCAUACAUACAUGCAUUCAACUUCUCUUAGCAUCACUUACUUGACUGAAAACUACCAGUUUGUUUGAAGGAAUUUAAUGCAUUUCAUCAUCUGUUAAUUUUGACUUCAUAUUAUUGUUCUCUUUAACAGACAUAGAGAAAUAUGUGCCAGUAGCCAGGCAAAGGAAUCACACUUAAUUCUUUUUAUCCCUCCCCUUCCAGUUUAUUAAACAAAUUUUUCUUUACCAUGACAGUAUCCAUCAGUGCAGACAGGAUGCUGAUUUCCUUCUUGACAGUCUCUUUCCAAAGCAGGCUGUUGCUAAGGCCACGCAAGCUUACUCAAACAUCGCCAGGAUAUUCAAAUCCCUUCCUUUCUUCUUUCGUAAAGUUACAAGAAAUAGAACUUCUCUUUUCCCAUUCUUCCUUCCCUUAACUUCUGUUUUCAAUUCUAUUUGUGAUGUUCCUGCCAUUUGUCAAGUAACUGGAGGCUUCGCUGUUCCUCUUGCCACUUCGGUCAUCUGGUUUGGAUAUUGUGCUUCCUGUUUGUGUCGACAAGAUUUUGUCUAUGGCCAUAGGUUUGGUUGGAUUCUCUGUCACUCUCCUGUUUCAUUUUCUCUUGGCUUUAUCUUCUAUAUUUUACUCUGUUUUUCAUUUCUCCUGUUUAUUUGUCACUCAUUGUCACUCCGUGUGCCCCAUCCUAUCAUCUUACUCCUUUGUCACUGUAGAUCUCUCCUGGCCGUCCAGCUGCUUCCCCAGUUGAUGCAUUGACUUCCUUGACUGAAAUGGCUUAACUGAACACAGCCUCUUCUGUAGAAAAGGGCACUGAAUCUAUAUUUAAGGCAGUGCUUCUCCUCUAACUAAAAGAAAAUGCUGAAUCAAACUGAGUAGUCAAAGGAGUCCCUUGAAGAUUAUCGCAUUAAACUUAGAAUUUCUGGAAAUUACACUUGGAAAUCCUAGAAUCUUUUUUUGAGCAUGCCAUCUUUAGAAGUGUCCAGGCAAGUAGGACUCAGUCCUGAAGCUCAAUUUUGCAGUAUAUAACUUCAUUGAGUUCAGUAGUGUUACUCUUGAAAUGAGAUCAGAAUCAGUCCCACAGAGAAGUCUGAUGAUAAUUACAUGAUUUGCAAAAAUAUUUUAAAAAUGACAAAUCAAAAUAAGCAAAGCUAUUGAGCAAGGAAGAGGGAAACUCUUGUGGUUACACCAGAGGCAUAUUAAUAUUCAAAAGAAAAAAAAAUGUUCAUAAGGGGACUGGUUCUUUAUAGACGAGAAAAAUUGAAUCAAAAAGUCCGUUAGAAUAAAGGCCAAGCUGGCUUCUAUAUUUGUAUAGAUCCAAGCACACUGACAGAGCUCAGUAAAAAGUAUCAAACUUAAAAUGACAAGUGUUCAAGUCCCCAUUCACUGUUUGGGCAGCCGGGCCUAAUGAGAUACGUGGCUUGUCCUUUGAUUAUUUUCAGGAUAAUACUAACCAUUUUGUUUUCUUUGAAUUUUAUCCCAGUAGCACAACAAAGCUGACUGAGGGUAUGUUUACACUGCCGCUAAGUAUGUUCCUCCCAGCCCAGACGGACGGACAGACAGAUAGACAUGUGCUAGAUCUACUUGAGUGAUCACACUAAAAAUAGCUGCGUGGGUGUAGCUGCAUGAGCUAGUCACCUGAGUAAAGACCCAAGGAGUUGUGUGGGUUUGUACUUCGGUGGCUAUCCUGUGCUGCAGUGUCCACAGUGCUAUUUUUAGCAUGCUAGCUCAAGCAGAGCUAGUGUGUGUCUGUCUACCUGGGCAGGAAGGCAUGCUCCCAGCUGCAGUGCAGAUAAAUUCUAAAUGGUGCCAGGGACUGGUAAUGGGCUAUUAAGCCAUUAAUUCUGAAAUGAGUGAACUGAAUGUAGCCCACAUUAGCAGUACCCAGAAGUUGUUACAAUGGGAAAAGGGUUGGGAGACCAGUGUGAAAUGAAUUGUUGGUCUGCUGGCUACCAGAAUUUGCAUUAAUUGGCAUCCUAAGACUGCUAAGCACAACAGUAAUCAUCAUAAUCAUCAUCCUUGCUGGCAAUCUUGGUCUGGGGUACUGAAUGUGCAUGAAGAGUCAACUUAGUCCUCUUACUCUUAGGGAGGAUCCCUCCAAAUCAGAGCUGAGGCUGCUUGUUGAGACUGGGGGAAGGUGUGCAUUGCCUGUUGAGUAUUAUUAAUGAAUACUAACAUCUACUAUUUUAAAAAACUUUGAAAACAUAUUCCUGCAAACACGAAAUUGCCUAGAACGUUGCUCAAAUUUAUUCAUUGUGAAUGCAGAGAUUGUCUCCUGAAACAUCCUCCCUUCCAUUGACCAUCAAAUAGUAUCAUUGUGGCAUGUGUAUCAAUUGUUUACAUGGAGAAAUAAUAUUAGGGAAGUAUUAAUGCAAUUUAGCUGCUGGAAAUAAGGAGACAUAAACUUGUGACCUGCUUUCUGCAAACCACCAGUAAGUGCUUCACAGAUCAACAUUGGUUCAUGGACCAAUUAGAGAAACUGGUCUAAAACAUAGGAGAGUCUACACUAUAAUCUUUAUUAAAUACUGGACUGCAUGUACUAAUGUAUGUACUGCAUGAACAAGACCAAUAAUCUGCAACCCUUUCCAUACAGUCCAAUACUUGUGUAUAAAAAUGCCGUGUGACUGCAGUCACACAAUUGUCAUAUCUAAUGCACUAUUUUAAUCAGAUUUUUUCUUUAGUUUUGAAUGUAUCUGCUCUGUAUUGGUUAUUUGAAAAAAUAAAUCAGUAAGAAUUUUAUGGCAGUAGUGAGGAUUUUGUGUUUGGUUCAUUGUUUUUACUGUUAGAGCAUGUGAAUACACACCCUUAAAUUUUCUAAGCAAUGAGAAGUGAGGGUUUUAGUGAGAAAGGCACGGGAAUUAGGAGACUAGGGUUGUUCUUUUCCUGGCUCUGUCCCCCUUUCUGUGUAAUCUUGGAUGACUCUCUCUAUACCUCAGUUUCCUCCUCUGUAAAAUGCCUGUUUGUCAAAUGUGUAGCGAGACUAAAUUUUAAAGCAUGUUUUGAUCCUUGGAUAAAAAGUGCUAAGUCAAAUAUAAAGUAGCAUUAAUUUCUCAUGAGAAAUGUAGUUGUACUGAUGGUUUUUGAGAAUCCAGGUUUUAGUGGCGGGACAUAUGAGUUUGAAUUAAGUGUCUCCAGUCCCUUCAGUUAUUCUAGGAGACCUAACUUAGUCCCUACUGGUUAAUGUACCAUUCACAGGCCAUCUGGAUAGAAGGAAGGAACUUUUUAAUUGCGGACUCAGUAGUUGCAGAAUGAUAGUCGAGUAUGCAUUUGGCUGUGUAAAAGGGAGAUGGUGCUAUUUGUGUAAUAGUUUGGAAGCACCAGAAAAAAACAUGCCAACCAUUAUAUCACUGUGUUGUACUCUGCACGAUAUUCUUGAGAAUAAGGGGAAAAAAGUCUUACUGCUGGGGACUGUCCAGAUAUUUGCUCGGUGGUGAAAACAGCAGAUGUCCCAAAGUAAAUGGAAACACAAGGGGAAAUAUUGUUAGGGAUACCUAUUGUUCUUAUUUUGAGUCUCAUCCCUGAAAAUGUGUGACUGUACAAUCAGCCAUUAGCCCAUGGAGGGGGAAUUUGGGUUCACUGUAUGCAGUGCUUAUGGGUGAUGCAAGUGCAGUCUUGUUCAAGAACUUUUUAAAAACCCUGUACAUUAUUUUAACUUUGUUUAAAAGUGUUUGACUUUCAUGCAGUAAUGAGUCAUAAUGUAUGAAUUUUAAAUUUUUUAUUAUGAAACAACGGUGAUGUAGCAGACCAAAAAUAAAGUUGUUAUAGAACCAAUACUAAAACAACUUGUAGUCAAACAUACAUUUAAGAAAUAAUAGUGCAGUUAAAAUUGAAGAUGCAAUACAGGGCAGAACAACAGUUAAGAGGUGGAGGGCCUGAAAGUCACAGGGAGUACGUGCCUUGGUUCUGCCUCUUGUUUUUCACAGAACUUCUGGGAUUGAGUGGCAUGGUGCAAAGUUAUCAGGGGUGGUGGGGUCCCUCCCAGGUGCAACUGUCCUCCGUGCCCAGAGGUUAACUCUACAAGGAGAAUGGCCUCUGGGACCACUGCUGCAGAGGUAGGUCGAGGAGGAGUUGCGGGGUGGUCCCACUAUUGUAUUGUUGAGGGGCUGAAGAACAUGCCUAGCACCCAGUACACAGGGCUGCAGCGCCUGCUGUCCUAGCAUCAGCCUCUGAUGAAGCAGUGAAUUUUGGCUUGAUAUAGCCUCCAUGAGCUCUGUAUCUCUGUGUCCAUUUCCAAGCUCUCUUUGGCUAUGGUAAUGCUUUCCCUGGUGAUUGCAAUGCUGUCCUCAGCCACUGUCACGAUCUUGUUUGUGAGCUCCAUUUAUUUCUCCCUGUGGGUCCUCAGUACUGCCUCCACUUCUCACCCAGCUUUGCUUUUGGGGGGAAGACACUGCUAUGAAGUCUGAAAAUGUCUCAUCCAGACUUUCUUUUUUGCCCCUUCAGGUUGGCCAGGCACUCCAUAUAUGAUAAAGGCCCUGUCCUUGGUGACCUGAGGCCACGAUAGCAUUUUUGUAAUAUGCAUUUGUGACUUUACCCCCCUGAGAUUCUUCCCAGUCUUGGAGAACCUCAGAGGUGGCAAGUGGGGUGUGAGUGAGUGAGUGAGAGAGAGAAAAAAAGAUGCUGAUUUGAAAAAAAUCAUGUUGACUAUUUUUAGCAUACUGGAUAAGAUGAGACCUAGCACAGUUACGUCUUCGUAAGCUGGGAAUCACUCUCUUAGCUCACAGAGUAGAUGUAGCCAGAGACCUGUCUUGAUAAGAGCAGUGGCUCUCAACCUUUCCAAACUACUGUACCCCUUUCAGGAGUCUGAUUUGUCUUUUGUAAACCGUGUUUCACCUCACUCAAAUGACUUGCUCACAAAUUCAGAAAUAAAAAUACAAAAGUGUCACAGCACACUAUUACUGACAAAUUACUUACUUUCUCAUUUUUACCUUAUAAUUAUAAAAUCAAUUGGAAUGUAAAUAUUGUACUUGCAUUUCAGUGUAUAGUAUAUAGAGUCCUGUAAACAAGUCAUUAUCUAUGUGAAGUUUUGGUUUGUACUGACUUUGCUAGUGCUUUUUAUGUAGUCUGCUGUAAAACUAGGCCAAUAGGUGAGUUUAUGUACCCCCUACAAGACCUCUGUGUACCCCCAGGCUAUGUGUACCCCGGUUGAGAACCAUUGGAUUAGAGCACCCUCAUUCCCUUGUGUAAAGACCAGGGAACUGAUGGGCAGCUUGGCUUAAAUCCCACUGAAAGUAAUGGGCGAUGGCCAUUAUUAACUAAAGGAAAUAUUUUGAGUUUGACUUCAGCAACUAUGAGUUCUUGUGAAACUUGAAGCAAACCCUCAAACUGUAAUAGAAUGCUAAACUGUAUUAUACUAUUUGGCCACUUGGUGGUGGUGAUUAUUUGUGUAAAAUAUCUUAUUCAAAUAAACAUUGGCCAUACCUGGGAGAGUAUUAAAGAUAGAGUGACCAUAUUUCCCUAUGCUGAGUGCAGGACACCCGGUAAAAUUACUCAUAUUCAAGCAAGUUCAAUGGCAAUCAAUCGUAUAAAUGUUCAAAUUAGCAUAAAGUUGACUGAGCCCCUGUUAAAAAGAAAUAUUGCACAGUUGGAUUCUUUUUAUUUACCUUCUUAUUUUUAAGGCUUUAGGGUUCACAUGGGGAGGGGUGACAUACGCGUCCCUAUCCCCCACACAUGCACACACAUGGGGAGAGGUGACACACACUCUCUUGUACACCUCUCUCACACAGGGGGUGUAACCGAUUGACCUGACCUUCCCUUUCCAGAGCUCUCCACUCCUCCAUGCCUAGUUGGGCCCCCAGGACGGACCCACCUGUCCUCGUACCUGGCACCUAAGUUUCCUCUAAGCUGCAUGGCUGUGCAGCUUCCUAUUAAGCCCCACUCAGGGCCGUGACAGA